AUGGGCACCGGAUGCUGCUCUAGCGGAGGAAGCAACAACGCCGCCCCCGCAGCUGGCUCCGAUCAGCACCACGGUGACGUUGACUCCCAUCACGCUCAUUCGGAUCACAACCACGCAAACCACGACCACGACCAUGACCACGGGCACGACCACGGGCACGACCACGGGCACGACCACGGGCACGACCACGGGCACGGCUCGGACUCUUGUGCUGUUGAACAGCCCUGCACCCAGGAAGGCGAAUGUUGCGACGACGACUCGUGCUGCGAUGAUUCUAGCCUCUCCGAAACUCUUGCGUGCUGUUCGUCCAACGAAGAGCACUGCGAUGAAAAGUGUAUCGUCGCAGCUGCUGCUCUAGAGUGUGAAAAGACGUGCGAGAUGGAUACGCUUGAGCAGAACGCUACCGACGGCCAUAAACACCAGCACGAUGCAAAUGGCCAUCACCCCCAUGGAGCUUGUAGUUCUCAUCUGGAGAAGGCCUUCAGUCAGUAUAGCGCAUAUCUCGAAUCUGCUCGCUGCAUCUGUCGAAGUGUUCUCGAGCGAGGUUGGUCGACAACUUGCUGCGCAAACCAACCCAAAAAGACCUCCGUGAAGGCUGUUGGAAAUAUUCCUGUCGGCAAAACAGCAUCGUUUGCUACUGGCCGCAAGCUCCACCGACACGAAGGUCCUCAUCAUCACCACGAGAUCAGGCGCCGCGGCAAGAUGGCGGGCCACGGCGAAAAGAAGGACUCCUGCUGCGGCCCGACCAAGGACAGCUGCUGCAGUGAUGACGCCGUAGGUCAUGCCACGAUUGAACUGCUUGACAAGGACAAGGCCGGUGGAAUUAUUCGCUCAAAUGAGCGCGAUGUCGAAAAAGCCGAGGGACUGGAGCAUGUUGCACUCGUUGUCGAUGGCAUGACUUGCUCGGGAUGUGGUAACAAGAUGGCCCGUACCCUCGGGGCCAUCACUGGCGUGUCGUCCGUCAAAGUCAACUUUGUCAUGGGCCACGCAGAAUUUGAGCUUGAUACGUCGAUGAAUACCCCCGACGACGUGAUACGUGCGGCCGAAAAGGCGACAAAUUUCCGCUGCAAUCGCGUGACUAGCGACGAUCAGGUUCUCGACGUUUUGGCAACUGGACCAUCAGCCAAGGCGCUCCUGGAUUGCACCGUAAAGGGCGUUGCUGCCGCCACCAUGUUGAAUAAGAAUACGGUACGCCUCAGCUAUAUCCCAACCACAAUCGGGGCAAGAGAGUUGCUUGAGAAGGUCAACGACCUGACCACGGGCCUGGCUCCGCCUCGCGAUGACCCGUCCAUUUCCAGUGGUCGCAAGAGACUCUACGAUCAGCUUGCGAAGACCAUCGUCGCUGCUGUCUUGACCAUUCCCGUUGUUGUAUUGGCAUGGGGAGAUAACCUUGUCGAAGAACGAACAAGGGCACUCAUCUCCAUUGUUUUAGCCACUUUGGUUCAGCUGAUUGCCAUUCCUGACUUUUAUCGUCCAGCCAUUGGUGCCCUGAUCCAUAGUGGCACGAUUGAAAUGGACAUGCUUGUUGUCAUCAGCAUCACCGCGGCUUACUUGUACUCCAUUGUCGCUUUUGGAUUCCGUAUGGCUGGGAACCCUCUCGAAACGUCGGAAUUCUUUGAGACCAGCACCCUUCUCAUUACACUCGUGAUUCUCGGGAGACUCGUAGCUGCCUAUGCUCGCAUCCGAGCUGUUGAGGCUGUGUCUUUGCGGUCUCUUCAGUCCGCAACGGCAGUCAUUGUUGAAAACGGCAAGGAUAGAGAGAUUGAUGCUCGCUUGCUGCAGUACGGAGAUAAACUCAAAAUUGGGCCUCACUCCACCGUUCCCACUGAUGGAACUGUCGUCAGUGGCUCGAGUGAGAUUGACGAGUCGAUGUUAACUGGCGAAAGCGUUCCUGUUUACAAAAAGACAGGCGACGCGGUCAUAGCUGGCACAGUCAACGGAACUGGUACGUUGGUUGCUCAACUGACUCGGCUUCCCGGCAAGAAUACUGUGACGGAUAUUGCCCAACUUGUCGAGGAGGCACAGAACUCGAAGCCCAAGUUGCAGGAUUAUGCAGAUCGCGUCGCAAGUUGGUUUGUGCCAAUUGUCACCGCGGUUGCCAUCGUUGUGGUAAUUGUCUGGCUGGUUGUCGGUUUCAAAGUUCGUCAUUACAAUACCGGCAAGUCCAUUUCAAAUGCAAUCACGUUUGCCGUGGCGACCCUGGCUGUUUCUUGUCCGUGUGCCCUGGGUCUGGCUGUACCAAUGGUCCUUGUCAUUGCUGGAGGUAUUGCGGCACGAAGUGGUGUCAUUAUCAAGUCUGCGGAGUGCACGGAGAGAGCGCGCAAGGUAACAGACGUUGUUUUUGACAAGACAGGCACCAUUACCGAGGAAACGUUGGAUGUCAUGGAGCAGGUCUUCCUCAUUGAUGACGAGGCAGCAAUGUCCAUAUCGAAAGCGUUGGUCGCAGGGAACAAACAUCCCGUGUCGCUUGCCGUUGCCAAGUACUUAGACCAACGCAAUGUUUCGGCUGCGACUCUGAGCGACGUCCACGUCAUUCCCGGGGCUGGAGUGGAAGCCAAACUCAAUGGGGCGAAGCUUCGAGCAGGAAAUCCGAAAUGGACUGUAACCACCGCUCACGACGAGGUCGCCCAUCUUCAAGACCGUGGAAUGACGCUUUUGGUUGUUACUCAAGAUGACGCGCCUGUUGCGAUCUAUGGCCUGCGCACUCGUCUUCGCGAGGAGGCUGCCCGGGUGGUUUCCCAGUUGACCAGUCGUAAAAUUGCCAUCCACCUAGUUUCUGGUGAUCAGAAGCGGGCCGUUGAAAUGGUUGCUUCUCAGGUCGGGAUCCCAAAUGUGGCGUCGCAAUGCACGCCAGCCGAGAAGCGAGACUACGUCGUCAAUUUGAUGACUGCAGGCAAGACCGUCAUGUUUGUUGGGGAUGGCACCAACGACGCAGUUGCGGUAACGCAAGCAGAUGUUGGCGUCCAGCUCGGCAGCGUUCUGACCGCCAGCGACGUUACUCGUGGCGCUGCCGAUGUUGUUCUUCUGAACGGAUUGGACGGCAUUCCCUUCCUCUUGGACAUCAGUGGUGUCAGUUUCCGCCGCAUGGUGUUCAACUUUGUGUGGUCCGCGGUGUACAAUGUUUUUGCCAUUCUGUUGGCAUCAGGCGCGUUUGUCAAGGUCCGUAUCCCACCGGCGUAUGCUGGUCUGGGUGAGAUUGUCAGCGUAGUUCCAGUCAUUGCGGCUGCCAUGACCAUGUUGCUCAAGAAGUCCAAGGUGUCCGCUCCCAGGGCCUAA